AGCAAAUCAAUUGGAUGAAAUGAGGCAAUUCUGCCGCACCUGCGGCAAGACCAUAGUGGCCGAUCAGUGCCUACAGAUCUUCUCGCCCGAGGGCCGAAAACUGCUGCAGUGCGUGCGCUCCAUAACAAACUGCUGGCUGCAGGAUGCUCAGGACCUGCCCAAUCAUAUGUGCCCGGAUUGCCAGACACUGCUCAAACAAGUCCAACGAUUCCGCCGACGGUGUGCGAAGAUCGAGAAGUAUUUCGCCAGGCGGCGAAGCAGAAUGAAUCUUGGCGAGGAUCCUGCGGCCGUGGCGCUGCAGCUUCCUGUCCAACAAAUGGCUGCUUCGGAUCCCCUGGGCAUUGACGAGCUGAUGACGGCCAGUGAAAUCAAAUUGGAACCCACCCAGGUGCAAAUGGAGCAGAAAACAGAGACGUAUCAAGAGGACCAGCUCCAAGAAGACAGCUUUGAGGAUGCUCCGGGCGAUGAUGCUCUGCCCUUGCCCGAGGACUACGGAGAAAUACAGACUGAAAUGGCUGCCACUGUCACUUCCAAGCCGGAACAGGGCAAAAUCAAGACCAAAAUCAAGUCCAGCAAGCACACCAUGCGCAUGGGCAGAAAGUUAAUCCACGUAAAAGUCAUCGACGACAAACAGCCGAAGCGGAUUGUGGACCGCAAUGGGCAGAAUGCUAAGCCCUGCAUUUGCGAACAUUGCGGCCGGCAAUUCAAGGACACCAGCAAUCUCAAUGUUCACCUGCUGAGGCACACGGGCACCAAGCCAUUCGAGUGUGAGCAGUGCCAGCAGAAAUGCUAUACACUCCAUCUGUUGCGCCGUCACCAGCUAAAGCACACGGAGGGUCCCUACGCCUGCACCUUCUGCGGCUUGGAAUACAGUACGAACAGUUCCCGAGUGAGGCAUGAAAGGGAGGCCUGUAAGAAGGGACGAGCGCCGCAGUCCAAGUGGGAAAUUAUCAAGAAGGGCGAACGCACUUUCCACUGCGAAGUAUGUGAUCUAUGGUUUCUGCGCGCUGGCAACUUCACCCAGCACAUCAACUCAUCCAGUCACAUCGAAAACGAACGCAAAAAGAAACGUAAAUCGAAAUCAGUGCAACCCUCCACCAUUAAUACAUAAAACAAAUGCGAUUGAAAAAUAUAUCUCGUUUCAU